ACAUUGUCAGUCCUCUUUUCCUGCAUUUAGCAGGACACUAAAUGUACUCACAUUCUGGUAAAAUGGAUUAAAAGAUACACUGGCACUGCCAUUGCCUUCUUCUCUCGUCAAGCCCCUCCCUCCUUCCCCUCAUCCUCACACGUCUUCCUUCCUUCCUCUAAUAGCAACUCCACAGUCAUAGAGGAGCUUACCACCAUUCUUGGUGCUUUUGGAGCACCUUCUUGCAUCCCCUCUAUCAGAUAGGCCACCUCAUCUGCUACCUGGAGCUGCAGAGGCCAGAGGGCGAGGCUGGCCAUGCCCCUCGUGCUGUCUGCUCGGAGUCACAGCUCACAAGAUCUCCCCCUCCUCCUCUGGGCUGCUCCCCUAGAAGAAAAAGUGAUGGUGUGCUGAGAUGUUCUUGUUCUUGAGCUGCUAGCAGGGAGGACCUGCUAGUUCGGCGCUCCUCCUCCCUGCAUUCUGGGGAUUCCUCUCGACGUGCUUGGUGGAAGGAGGAGGCGGAGAUGCCGGCCAAGUACCUGCAUGCGUUGGGAGAAGAGAGGCGGCCGGAGCUGCACCGGCAGAUCGGGUGCGUCACCGGGAUCCUGCAGGCGUUCGACCGCCGCUACCCCAUCGCCGCCCACCACCACAAGAGGCUUCUCCCACCAGGCAAUGCACUGUCAAGCAGCCCGAGCGUCGGAGAAGAACGCACAAGAUACGGGCCCCAGAUUGUUCUUGACAAGAACUUGAGUAGAAGCUGGAUUGAGAAUCAAAGAGCGUCAUCCACAGUGGAGUUAUCACAGACCUCUUAUUCAUCCUCCUCAUGUUCGUCAUUCUCCUCCCUUGAUGGCAACAGGUCAACACAACAGGACUUAUCAUCCACUGAUCGAAUGCUAUUUCCGGAGAAACCAUUCAAGUCCUCACCGAGGCUCAAGAGCUCUCCUGACAGUGACUAUGGGCCAGAUUACUACCCAGAUGGUACCCUCAUCGAGCCCUCCGACAUGUCCUCGGCUCAAUCAAGCCACCGGACUCUUGGUAUAAGAAAUCUUGUAAAGGAUUCAAUUUAUAAAGAUACUCAUGAUUUGUCGAUCAGAAUUUCCAGCAAAGAAGCGGUGAAUGAUCACAGAUACAACUAUGGAGAUUCAGCUACACGCUUUGUUGAGCCCCCUAGCAGUUGUAAUCAAGGAAAGAGCAAGGGAACCAUGGACGUUAAUGAGUCACUCAGAGUGUUAGCCAAGCUCAGGGAGUCCUCUUGGAAUCCAUCUGAAUCUAGCCAGCAGCAAAGGCUGUCUUAUGAUGCUCCUCGGUUCUCGUAUGAUGGGAGGGAAUCAACAUCAAAACUUAGGGAGAUGCCAAGAUUGUCGUUGGACAUCAAGGAAGGCCCUCUUAGGACCUGUGAAAUGGACAUGCGGCCAAAGGAAAGCAUGAAUGCUGAAGAAAGGACCAUCAGUUCUGAUAAAGAAGUCAAUGCAGAGAUCCAGCAAGAACAACCAGCCUGUAAGCGUCUCCCGAGUGUUGUUGCAAAACUCAUGGGAUUGGAAGAGCUACCUGAGCGCAACGAUAGCAAGGCAACGACAUCACAGGCAUCCAUAUCAGUUCAAGAGAGGAAGCAAGAACCCAUACUGAUCCCCUUGAGCCUAUCCUCGCAUAAUGAGCCUGCUCGUCGGCAACAAAGGAUUCUGGAUGCAACGAUCAGGAAUGUCCCUAACUCUAAGUUCCCAGCUGAAUCUGCGCCGUGGAAACAGCAAGAAAGGAUUGUGCUACCUAGAAAGUUGCCAAAGGGGUCCAAGGGAGCUCAUGGAAAAGAGCAACCUGCUGCAUCAGUUUACAGUGAGAUAGAGAAACGGCUGAAUGACCUUGAUUUUCAGCACUCCAACAAGGACCUCAGGGCACUUAAGCAGAUCCUGGACUCGAUGCAAGCAAAAGGAUUGUUGCAGAGCAAGAGGCGCGAGGAAGCAUCUAUGCUGAACUUAUAUGAUGAAAACUACAAUAGCCAAGCGGUAACUGAUGUUAACCAUAGACUGAAUACUAACCCAAAUCCCAAUCAGAUGUCUCAAGAGGCCUCAUCACCAUCAGUGGAAGAAGAGAGCGUUGCAGAAAGAUUCUUUAAAUCACCUAUUGUGAUCAUGAAGCCUGCAAAAUCUGCAGACUUGGGUGAUGAAGAUUCUUCUGUUGUUCCACUAGGGGGCUUAUCCGAUUUAACGCAGCCGCGGACAGUCAAUAGCACUGAUAAAAAGAAAAUCUCGCGGAUCAAUAGGGCAACUAUUGGGCAACAUCCGAAAUCUAGUCCAAGGGUGCCUGCUUCUCAGCCCCUUGUUUCUCCUGAUGGAAAAGCGAAUGGAAGGAACGAAAUGAUGACCAGGAGACAGAAGUCUAGUGCACAGUUGAUGACUGAGAGCUCAUCAAGAAAACAGCAGGCGCCAAGAGACAAUAAUGGAAGCUUUUCCAAGCAUAAAAACUCCAGUAGCACCAGAUUACCACAGAAAAAGCUCGAAGUGGAGCGGAGGGCUAGACCCCCAAUUCCUUAUAUGGAGUCUAACAAGAACCAAAGGCAAUCUGCAGAUAGGAGUCACUUGGAUACAGUAUCACCUAGAAGCAAAAUUAGAAGAAAACUUGCUCAAGGUGAAGAUGGCCAUCAAAAUGGUGCAAAGAGCAGGGCAAGGAGCCUGAACCAGCCAGGCGAUGAUAUGUCUACAAAGUCGGAAGGAAGUAUGAGUGUAAUAUCAGAGCUGGACAUUGAAGUAACAAGUGCUGACAGAUCCGCAGAAGCUAAUGCUUUGAGCUUCCAGCGAGGCAAUCAAACUCCACCAGGAAGGAAUCCACAAAAAGUGAAAACCUGUUACGAUGCAAACAAGGACCUGUCAUCUUUGGAUCCUGCAGCAAGUAUCCCUGAGCGGCCAAGUCCAGUUUCUGUUUUGGACUCUUCUUUUGACCAAGAGAAUUCCUUCUGUACCAGCAAGACCACAAAUUCACCCAAUGUUGAUGAUGAGUGGCAUCCAUCAGAAGAAUCCCUGAAGCAUUGCGGUCCAAAGCCAGCAAAUCUCGCUGCUCAGCCCGGAAACAAUAAGUUCGCGAACGUAGCGAGCCUUCUUCAGAAGCUCCAGCAAUUGACUGUACACAAGGAUGAUGACGAGGCUCCUCCUGUCGAUCACAUUGCUUUCUUGUGCGAGGCACAAAUUCCGGACCACCGUUACGUGUCUGAGAUCCUGUUGGCCUCAGGACUUCUGAUGAAAGACCUAAGUUCAGGCCUGUCGCAGAUCCAGCUCCACGCUUCUGGCUACCCCGUCAACCCCGACCUGUUCCUCGUGCUCGAGCAACGGAAGUCAGGAUGGAUAUCCAAACCCGACAGCGUCCAUCAGAGCAGAAGGUCAGACGAUCCCAAGAGAGCUCACCGGAAGCUCAUGUUUGACGCUGUGAACAGUCUCCUACUUCAGAAGUAUGAGAAGGAAACCUCUGCACAUUCGACCAGCUCGCUCACCAGAGUGAGGGAGGUGUCCAGCGGUCAGCAGCUGGUGAAGGCCAUUUGUUCAGAGAUCGAGCACCUGAAGACGGAGAGAUCACGGAUGUGCCAUGAAGACAGCAGCAGCGUGAUACCUGAUGCAGAUAUCUUGCACAGGCUGGAAGGGUGGACGACGAGCUUCGGCCGGCAGCAACUUCCUGGGAUGGUGCUGGAGAUUGAGAGGUCGAUAUUCAAGGAGCUUGUCGAUGAGGUGGUGCGCGGCGAGUCCGCUGAUGGCGCACAGGCAAAGGCCGGCAGGCGCGGCAGGAGGCGCCUCUUCACAUGACUUUACGCCGGCAGUGGCAACAAACUGUUUGAAGAUUUGGUUUGUCUGAAUAGAGGAAUGAGGUCUGUAUAGGCUGGUUGUGUCUUGUGUGAGGUUUGAGCGAGCAGUGCAGAAACCUGAAGUAGGAGUGCAUGUUUCGGACACCCACCUUAUUAUUCUCAAUAUUAACUUAUAUAAAGUCAGACAGCAUUUCUCUCGAA